AUGGUGUUUCGAGCUCCAAUGGUUGCCGAUCAGCGUCACGGCUUGGAUGCGAGGUCCGAAUAUGGCCGUGCCGGACGCGGCGGCAACAGCACCAAGUACUUCGGGUGGUGGCCCGAGGAGCCGGCGCCUGUCGCUGUCAUCGAGGUCGACAUCAGCGACUUCCCCGAGGAGCCCAAGAAGCUCUUCCGUUGUUACAAAAUGGCUCGUAUCAGCGUGUUCGGGGUGUGCCUGUUCGUUGCUGUGAUCUUCGCCAUCCUUUGUGUGCUGGAAUCCACCGGUGCCAACGCUCGGCCCCAUGCGAUCCCUGAAAAUGCGUACGUCUACCACGAAGACGAGAACCAGAUCUGCUACAUGGAGAUGCGCAAAGGCGGCUGUGGACCA